AAAGUUGUGCUUAUUGAAAAUGUAGUGUCGCUUUGAGGAACAACAGUCAGGGACUACACUCAGAUGAACGAGCUCCACAGCCGCUAUGCGGAUCAGGGGCUGAUUAUCCUGGGCGCUCCCUGCAACCAGUUUGGACAUCAGGAGAAUUGCAAGAAUGGAGAAAUCCUGCAAUCUCUGAAAUACAUCUGUCCUGGAAAUGGCUUCGAACCCAAAUUCCAGCUUCUGGAGAAGCUGGAAUUGAAUGGCCAGAACGCCCACCCUUUGUUCUUGUUCCUCAAAGAGAAGCUGCCAGACGACUCCAUGUCCCUAAUGACUGAUCCCAAAUCCAUCAUCUGGAGUCCUGUGAAUAGGAAUGACGUCGCUUAG